GACGCUUGAUACGUUCGCUUAAGGUUCAUUCGGUGCGCUGGGUGCGAGCGGAGUCAGUGAAAUGUGUGCCGGCAUCCUCGUCGAUUAUGUGCACCGUUAAUUUUUAGUUUGAUCCGCACUUACCACCACCACUGUGCGCGGGUGUCUUCAAGAAUCCGAUUACUUGUCAAUCCGUAUCACAAUAUUUCCUGAGAGAUCGUCCCUACCGUUCUCCGAACGACGUUAAGAAAUGGCAUCGCUGAAACUGUUAGUGGGGGGCGCCAGCGCUAUUGGUGCCAGUGCCCUUACCUCUUAUCUGUUAAUGUCUGACAAUACCGUACAUGCGGAGUUGCCAAAACCUAGGCCACCGAGGAGGACGUUACCGAGCAGGGAGGAUCAGGUGAAUACACUGAAGAAUCAUGGGGAAUACGAUAUUCUCAUCAUCGGUGGUGGUGCGACGGGAGCCGGCUGUGCGUUGGACGCCUGUACACGAGGUUUGAAAACGGCGAUGAUCGAAGCGGACGAUUUUGCUUCCGGCACGUCUUCCAGAAGCACGAAAUUGAUCCAUGGAGGCGUACGGUAUCUGCAAAAGGCGUUGAUGCAGUUAGACGUCGAACAGUACAGAAUGGUCAAAGAGGCGUUACGGGAACGAGCGUCGAUGUUGCACAGCGCGCCUCAUCUGGCUCAUCCUCUGCCCAUCAUGUUGCCCGUUUACACGUGGUGGCAGAUACCUUACUACUGGUUCGGUAUAAAAAUGUACGACGUCGUUGCCGGAAGCAAGACUUUAAAAUCGUCCUAUUUCCUCCGAAAAUCGAGCGCGUUAGAAUUAUUCCCUAUGCUAAAAGGAGACAAGCUGACCGGAGCUAUCGUUUAUUACGAUGGUCAGAUGGACGAUGCCAGAAUGAACUUGGCAGUCGCCUUAACUGCCUCGCGGCAUGGUGCCACAGUUGUUAAUCACGUAAAAGUAGUCAAUCUCAUAAAAGGUCUCGAUAAGGAUGGCAAUCGGGUACUUACCGGCGCUCGUGUCAAGGACGAGCUCACCGGCGAGCAAUGGGACGUCAAGGCGAAAGCGAUCAUAAACGCGACCGGUCCAUUCACCGAUCAUAUCAGAAAAAUGGACGACCAGAACGUGAAAGAGAUCUGCAGUCCCUCUUCGGGCGUUCACAUCGUUCUUCCUGGUUACUACAGCCCCGACCAGAUGGGUCUGCUGGAUCCAGCGACGAGCGACGGCCGAGUGAUCUUCUUCUUACCCUGGCUGAAAGAAACGAUCGCAGGAACGACCGACAUGCCCUGCGAGCUAACACAUAAUCCGAAACCCACCGAAGACGAGAUCAUGUUCAUCUUGCGCGAGGUGAAGAACUACCUAAACCCGGACGUAGAAGUCCGUCGUGGAGACGUACUGUCCGCCUGGAGCGGAAUCAGGCCUCUCGUCUCCGACCCGAACAAAGGAGACACUCAGUCCCUCGCUAGGAAUCACAUCGUACACGUGAGCCCCACGAAACUUGUCACGAUAGCUGGUGGCAAAUGGACGACGUACAGACACAUGGCCGAAGAAGCAGUCGACGCGGCUAUUCAAGCCUGUGGUUUGAAACCAGACAGACCCUGCCAGACGGACGGUUUCCUCCUCGAAGGUGCUCAAGGUUGGACGCCGACCAUGUACAUCAGACUGGUGCAGGACUUCGGGUUGGAGUGCGAGGCCGCGCAACAUUUAGCCCAGAGUUACGGUGAUCGUGCAUUCGCCGUGGCAAAGAUGGCUUCUCUCACCGGUAAAAGGUGGCCGGUCAUUGGCAAGAAGAUUCAUCCCGAGUUCCCGUACAUCGACGCAGAGAUUCGGUACGGAUGUCGCGAAUACGCGAGAACGGCUAUCGACAUGAUCGCGAGACGAUUGAGACUAGCGUUCUUGAACGUGCAAGCCGCGCAAGAAGCCCUCCCGGGUAUCAUCGAUAUCAUGGCGGAGGAGUUACGCUGGUCCGAGGACGAAAAGAAAAAACAAUUCAAAGAGGCGAACGAUUUCCUUGCUAACGAGAUGGGACAGAUGGUGAACCGCGCCUCUCGCGACAAGAUUCCUAUCAACCUUACGAAAGAAGAGAUUCAACUGUACAUCAAACGUUUCGGUAUCAUCGAUAAAGACAACAAGGGCUACGUUUCUAUAAACGAUAUCAGGAGAGGACUCAAGGUACUCGGCAUUAAGCUGAACGAAGACGAGAUUCACACUUUGCUCAAUGAAAUUGAUCUCAAUUACAAUGGGCAAAUGGAGCUACAUGACUAUCUGCAGAUGAUGUCGGCCAUCAAAUCCGGACACGUGGCGUACUCGCGAUUCGCAAGGAUGGCAGAGAUGGAGGAGGCCAAGCACGAACAAGAAGUGUUGAAGAAACAGAUCAGCGUCGAGAGAUCUGGCGGUGGACUGUAAGAAGAGGUGGAAGCGGAAAACGUGGUCCACGUUCUGCGGCAUUGUACGAUUUACCGUAUCGCUUGUAAAACGCGGUGACAGCACACGUUCCAGCUCAGCUCUGCGACGAAUACCUUUAUAUCACAGGAUCCACUUCGUUCACACUGAACUUCGAUUCGUAGCCCGUUUCUAGUACAAAACGCUCCUAUAGGGUAUCUUAACACUUUUACCAGACCUAUACACGUAUUUACUCGUAAGUACUUUGUACAACGACCGUUUCGUACUUUCGUUGUAUCCGGCUUUCGAGCAUCAACGAGAAUAAGGAGGAUAGGGAAAGGAAUAUUCGAUCGCGCAAGUAAGUGUAAAUCGAUUACCACUGCGCCGAAUUUUUUUCACUACUUCUAUAUAGACGUGCGACGAAUUUCUCAUUUUAAUAUGUAAAUAUAUACCUUUCUGUACAGCGUUUCAGUUAUCGAUCAGCUAGAGCGGGUGCGUUCUAAUUUGUAUAUAUGUAUAGGCCCUGAAAGUGGCCACGCGAUUAUUAAAAAAAGGAAUAAUGAUAGAGAAGAGAGAAGAUGUGUCGAACGCAUGGUUGGAUGUUAACGUUGCACGUCGGGUCGGUGCAAUUUUCAGGGAACUUGUACGACGCUCUCCGACGGAAACGCUCAAAGGCCCGUGGCUAUUUAUCGGCCGCGGGCACAAGUUUUAAACGGCGUGAUCAACGAGCUUCACGCUUUCGUAAUUACCGAAGAUCGAUAGUCACAAAAGACCGACCCCGGUGUAGUCUGGUAAAGGGGAAGGCAGAGGAACAUGCAAUAACACAACAAAUUAAUUUUGUUUCUUUGUUACUAUUCACUUGGCUGUAAAUUGUAAUUGUAUUUGUGAACUGGAUUCACUUGUCUAGGUACAGUACUACGUUAUACUUCUUGUGACAUAGUCCACGCACGCGCCAUCGGAAGCUCGAUGUUACUUUUCAAACACCCUCGACGAUGGAUUUAUUUAUAAGUUUAUCGCUAAUCUAAUACUAGAGAAAAAUCAGUCAACAUAGUUUAUCGAAUUAUUUAAAUACGUAACUGAAAUACUUAUUUAAUUUAUUGCCGCUAACGUCACGCAGUCACGACAUACGAUCGAUGUUAGAGAUUAAUUUAUUUCACUUGUCAUUAGUCAUUGCCAUUGACUUUAAAUAAAAACCCAUAUUGGACUAUUA